AUGGCUACCCUCACAGCCCAGGAGCUAACAGCUCUCUCCACCAAGGCCAUUGACGCCAAAGCAACUGCCUAUUGCCCAUACUCCAAAUUCCGUGUCGGGGCAUGCAUCCUCACGACAUCGGGUGAGUUCAUCUCCGGUGCUAACGUCGAAAAUGCCGCCUAUCCAGUUGGAACCUGCGCUGAGCGCGUGGCCAUUGGCACUGCUGUUGUCGCCGGUCACAAAGAUUUCAAGGCUUUGGCUGUCGCGACGGAUAUCAAGCCUCCUGCGUCGCCUUGUGGGAUGUGUAGACAGUUCAUCCGCGAGUUCACCUCGCCUUCUUUCCCAGUGUACAUGUACGACGGGGAGGGAAAUUACAAGGUUAUGACUAUGGAGGAGUUGCUGCCCGACUCUUUCGGUCCCGAACAUCUUAAAUAA